UGUAAUGUUAUACAUGAUACAAACUAUACACGCUUUGUUUCAGUUACUGAAGGGGAGUUUUAAUAUUUUACCAGCAGUAACAGACAGUCAGCCUGUAUAUUGUGUGUGUGUGUGUGUGUGUGUGUGGCAGGCAGCACGAGGCGGGUUUCACGAGCGCGAAACUCUCUCUGAGGCAACACUACAAACUGCCCUGUCAUCCCGAGCCGAGAGAGGAGGUGUAUGUUUUAGCUAAUCUCGUGGAAUUCAGACUAAGGAAUCUGAAAAGAUCAAGCCUUUGAUGAAACACUGUGUUGGAGUGUCUCAAAAUCUUUUGUAGCCCCCUCUAUCCUUCGGUUCCUCACUUAUGUGUUUGCCCGAGCCCAUGCCAGGGGGGUGUGAGAUGGCAAUUAAUGGCCUCCAGUGGAGCUGAAGACAUAAGGAAUGGGGCAUCUCGGCCAGCCCUCGUCAUCCAAGCCAAGUCUGCAGUAGUGCAUUCACCCAAUGCACGAGGCUCCUUCAAUGCUGAAAGAAAGAGAUUGCAGUGCGGCGCGGGUGAUUCGGUGCCUCAGCCGAAUGUGAGAGUGCUGUAUGAUCAGCCCUUCUGUGUCUCAGGGAUCCCCACACAACGUGCCUAUCCACACGUGCCUACAGUAAGAGUCAGCCGCGUACAGAGCACAAGUGCGACUUCUUUGAAUGGUGCUAGUAAUGGUUUAAGGACCCACAGUGUUUUAUCUAAGAGCUUGCCACAUAUUAAUGCUGCUCCCGCUGCAUGCCAUAGCCACCGUCAAUCCCACUGGAACCUUGAUUCAUUUCGGUUCAAGUCAGGGCUGUUAGGAAAAAGGGCCUUUUCGCCUCAGCUGUCUGUUUUUCCUGCCUGUCCCUCCCCACCUAAGUCGUCUUCUCAAAGGGUUAUAAUUGAGAAAACCAUGCCUACUAAUCAGUCUUUGCCUUGGACGAGCAACAAGCUCAGGGAUAACAGCAAUGGAGUCUUACGGUCCCCAAAUGCCAAAAUGCCCACAUACUCCAAACAAGAGACCGUUGACCUGCACAGUCCUGCCAAUAUCGUAUCCGGCUGCAAUGGAACACAUUCACGAGGCCUCAAAACCGAUGCAACAAAAACUUCCCAACCGAGCGUGCCUUUGAAAGACAUAUGCACGGAUGUGCUUUUGAAUCACAGCAAGGCGGCCAAGGAUCUAAAGCAGUUUGAGAAGAUCAUAGCGGAAGACACUAGAGCAGUUGAGCUGGAUUGCUGUGUGGGACACGGUGUCGGUGAAGCUCCUCAGAGAGUGACUAAAAUCAGCUCUGAGGCAGAGUUCGCUGCCACCGUUGUGCAAAAACUCACCAAAAUCAGUGAACAUGCAAGAGGCCGGGCACUCAAUGGUGUGAGCAACGUAAAACAUUGUACUGUACCCAUCUGCCUUAUUAAUGAAGAUAAGGAGUCUUGUUUUGCAGCUAUGGAAACCAACAGUGCCCUCAGUUUUGAUAUUACAGAUGAGAAGUGCCCCUCUGCUGUUGUAUGUGAUGGUAAGACACAGGGAGGUGAUUGUGCCAUUCCAGAGGUGACUGGCCAUGAUAUGACCUCUCCUCAAUCGCCGUCUGUUUACACCGUGACAAACCAGAUAUCUGCCAUUCAUCUCACAAAAGAGGAAUGCUGUCAGGCCUCUCAGGUGGACAGAAGCCCGAUGUCACUUAAGGAAGAAGAAGAGGACAGUCAUGAGAUUCAGAGACAGGGGAUGCUUCUAGAUGGUGAUGAGGAGGAGCUUCCAGAUAAGCUAGAGAAUGGCUUCAGUGAUGAUGUUGACUCAGAUGAUUGUGAUGUGUCCUCAACGACGUCCAUGGCAGCCUUGUCCAAUGUCGAGGAGCCCAUUAGUCCUGAUGUGGAGGGGGAUCUGGUGGAGAAACCUGCACUUGUUCCCAGUCUCUUCCCCCACAUGCCCUCCACGCUGUACUUCAGCACUGCCAAUGAAAGAGUGGAGCUGUUGCCUGCUGAACAGAGGAAGCUGCUCAAAUGGAAGAUAACUACAGUCACCCCCAAUGUUGUGAAAAACACCAUCUCCAGAUCACACUUCAAAGCCACCAAAAAGAGUCAUGAUUGGCUUGGCUGUUGGGGUCACCAUAUGAAGUCACCAGGGUUCAAGGCCAUUAGAGAGUUUCAGAAGCUGAACCACUUUCCAGGCUCCUUUCAGAUCGGCCGGAAGGACCGACUUUGGAGGAACCUGUCCAAGAUGCAGGCACGCUUUGGCAAAAGAGAGUUUGGCUUCUUCCCACGCUCCUUCAUUCUCCCACAGGAUAUCAAGCUGCUAAGGAAGGCCUGGGAGGAUGGAGGCAGCAAGCAGAAAUGGAUCGUCAAACCGCCUGCAUCUGCUCGUGGAAUUGGCAUUCAGGUCAUUCACAAGUGGAGCCAAAUGCCACGCAAGAGACCGCUCCUCGUGCAGAAGUAUCUUCACAAGCCCUACCUCAUCAGUGGGAAUAAGUUUGAUCUACGCAUCUAUGUGUAUGUGACCUCUUAUGACCCACUCCGUGUUUACAUCUUUAAUGAUGGACUAGUCCGUUUUGCAAGCUGCAAAUACUCUCCUUCUAUGAAGACCCUCAACAACAAGUUUAUGCACCUUACAAACUACAGUGUAAAUAAGAAGAACUCUGAGUAUCAGAGUAACAGCGAUGAUAAGGCUUGUCAGGGCCAUAAAUGGGCCUUGAAGGCGCUGUGGCAGUACUUGGGCUCUCAAGGUAUCAACACCACUCUCAUUUGGGACAAGAUCAAAGAUAUGGUCAUCAAAACCAUCAUUGCGUCUGACCCAUAUGUGAACUCACUGGUGAAGAUGCAUGUGCGUUCUUCCUACAGCUGUCAUGAGCUGUUUGGCUUUGACAUCAUGUUGGAUGAGAAUCUGAAGCCAUGGGUGCUGGAGGUGAACAUCUCACCCAGCCUCCAUUCUAACACACCGCUGGAUGUCAGCAUCAAGGGUCAGAUGAUUCGGGACCUGCUAAACCUCGCUGGCUUUGUGUUGCCAUUGAGAGAAGACACUGCACCAUCCAGUUCCAGUGCCAGCAGCUCCACUAACAGUUUAUGUGGAGCGGUGCGAGAGAAAUGGCGAUCAGACAUUUCAACUGAUGAGAAAGUAAAGAGAGCCUUUUAUCUGAGCCAGCGCUUUGGAGACCAGGAUUUCUGUGCAACAAUCCUGGAUGUGCUGACACCUGAUGAUGUGCGUGUGCUGGCAGAGAGUGAGGACGAGUUGUGUCGUAAAGGAGAUUUUGAGCGAGUUUUUCCCUCUCAUGCUUCCUCCCGGUACCUCCGUUUCUUUGAGCAACCACGCUACCUCAACAUCCUCCUCAACCAAUGGGAGCAGAAAUACUGGCUCAACAGGAGCAGAGGUAUCAAUCUGCUGAGGGAUUUUUGCGAGAAGAGGGUGCACCUGGGCAACCUGGCGGAUUCUGUUCAUCAUUGGUCUUCCAAGUCGUAUCAUGGACACAGAUCUCAGAUGACUAGAUCUGGUGUGCUGGUCAGUCAGAGGUCUGAUGCUGAAGAUGAGGACUCGUCUGACCGUGAGGUUCAGUCAGUCACUAUCAGUCUUCCAGACAUGAGUUUGCUGAGCACCAUCAGCCUGAGCCCCAGUCCCACCUCCAGCUCCAGCCUUGCCAGUGAUAGCCUGACUUCUCAUGACGACCUUUGAGCUCCACCCCACAACCCUUGACAUUCAGAGCUUCCAAACUGUGUGUAUACAUGUCACAUCCAGUGACACUCCUAGCAGAGCUCCUAGAGUUGUGCUUUUCUGAUUUUGGAGGGGGAUAAGACUGAAAAGCAGACUAAAUGAAAUAACUGGCCAGAUGGAUUGGUGUUAACAGCCGUAUUUUGAAUGAGUAUUUUGUUGCUGGACCACACAUACAGGUGUAAAUACACAGUGCAUGUGGGUGGCAGCAGGAAUAAUCUCUUCCUGUUUGGAGUUUUGAUUGUUUCCAUAUCAGCCUAUACAUACUUUGCAUUGUUAAAAUCACAGGUCUGUGUAUAGUACAGGCAUCUGUUGAGCUGAUUAUUUUAAAUGUAUGGGAUGAAAUGUGAAGUUUGGAAAAGAGAUGCUAUGGUAAAAAAUAAAAAUCACUGUCAUAUGUUUAAUGACAUUUGCAUGCCCUGCUCAAGAUAGACAACAUGCUCAGGUUAAUGUUUUUAAAUUAAAAUUGCUAUUUGAAAUAUGA